AUGGAAACCGGUUCGAGCAGUACAAAAUCGUCAACCGCUGAUGCGGAAUCCUCAUUACCACUUCCAAAACCCACAACGGGAAUGGAAACACCAGAAGAGUUGGACGUAAUACCAAUACCACAGCUGUUGGGUCGCGAGGGCGGUAGACAGCGUAUUGUGGUUGUUGGGUUGGGGAUGGUUGCUAUUGCCUUCAUUGAGAAGAUCCUAAAGCUCGACGCCGAGAACAAACAAUACUCCAUCGUCGUAAUUGGCGAGGAGUCUCAUGUCGCAUACAACCGUGUCGGCCUGACCUCCUUCUUCGAGCACCGAAAAGUUGAGGAGCUUUACCUGAAUCCCCGAGAAUGGUACGACUCUCACCCCGACGUCCUCCAUCACAAACUCAACACCAAAGUAAUCUCGAUCGAUCCUACUUCCAAAUCCAUCACCACCUCCGCAGGCUACGACGUCAGCUAUGACCUACUCGUUCUUGCGACCGGCUCCGACGCCGUGGUCCCCACUUCUACCCCAGGCCACGACAGCAAGGGUGUCUUCGUCUACCGUAAUAUCGACGAUCUAGAGCGACUGAUUACUUUCUCCGCCACUGUUCCGGGCAGCGCCGGUUGCGUUGUCGGCGGUGGAUUGUUGGGUCUGGAGGCCGCCAAGGCCAUGAUGGAUCUCGAGCAGUUCGGGUCCGUGAAACUGAUUGAUAAGAACCCGUGGGUGCUGUCAAGACAGUUGGAUCAGGACGCGGGAAAGCUCGUCGUGGAUAAAGUUACAGAGUUGGGAUUGGAUGUCCUGUCGUGCAGAAAGAUUAAGACUAUUAAUGUGGACGAGGAGGGGAACACGAAGAGUGUGACAUUUGAGGAUGGCAAUACCUUGGAGACGACUUGCAUUUGCUUUGCUAUCGGUAUCAAACCAAGAGACGAGCUAGCAGCGUCGGCUGGUAUCAAGACCGCUGGAAGAGGUGGUUUCAUUAUCAACAAAGAUGUUGAAACCUCCGUCCCCGGAAUCUACGCCAUCGGUGAAUGCGCCUCGUGGGAAAACCAAACCUUCGGGCUGAUCGCUCCCGGUGUUGAGAUGGCCGAUGUCCUCUCCUUCAACCUCUGCAAAUCUACCCAACACGGGCAUUCAGAGGCACCUAAAGCAUUCCGCCGCCCCGACUUGUCUACCAAACUAAAGCUCCUCGGUGUCAAUGUCGCAUCCUUCGGUGACUUCUUUGCGGAUCGUGAUGGCCCUAAAGAACUUCCCGGACGUGACUCGCUCAUUGAGGCCGCUGAGAGAGGGCCAAUGAUCAAGGCGCUGAGUUAUAAAGAUCCCUUUGAGGCGGUGUAUAAGAAAUACAUCUUCACGGCGGAUGGGAAAUACCUUCUCGGAGGUAUGAUCAUCGGUGAUACUAAGGACUACAUUAAGUUGGUGGGGAUGGUAAAAUCCAAGAAGGCACUUGAGAUGCCGCCAUCUCAGUUAAUCCUGGGUGCGAAGGCUGAUGGCGAAGAUGAUAACCCGGAUGAUUUGGACGACGACACCCAAAUCUGUUCUUGCCACAAUGUAACGAAGGGUGAUAUCAGCAGAGUUGUGAAGGACGGCUCCUGCAAGAGUCUUGGUGAGGUAAAGGUAUGCACCAAGGCCGGUACCGGGUGUGCUGGUUGUAUGCCUCUUGUGCAGAGCAUUUUCAACGCCGAGAUGAAGGCAAUGGGUGCGGAGGUUUCAAAUCAUCUCUGCCCACACUUUGCCUACUCCCGUGUUGAUCUCUUCAACAUUAUCAGCAUUAAGCAACUCAAAACCCUCCCUGAAGUCAUGCGCGAGUGCGGAAGGGACCCCGAAUCACUCGGUUGUGAGGUCUGCAAACCAGCGCUCGGUUCAAUCUUUGCUUCCCUCUUCAACGAGCACGUAAUGGACAAGAACAUGCACAUGCUUCAAGAGACCAAUGACAAGUUCCUGGCAAACAUCCAGCGCAACGGCACCUUCUCAGUCGUCCCCCGAGUUCCCGGUGGAGAAAUCACUGCAGAUAAACUCAUUGCUAUUGGAACCGUCGCCAAGAAGUUCAACCUGUACUGCAAGAUUACUGGUGGUCAGAGAAUCGACAUGUUCGGUGCCAGGAAGCAGGAUUUGGUUGAUAUUUGGUCGGAGCUUGUGAAGGCAGGCAUGGAGAGUGGACAUGCUUAUGCUAAGAGUUUGAGAACUAUCAAGAGCUGUGUUGGAACCACAUGGUGCCGAUUCGGUGUCGGUGACAGUGUUGGUAUGGCCAUCAGACUUGAGGAACGAUACAAGAGUGUCCGUUCGCCCCACAAGCUAAAGGGUGGUAUUUCCGGUUGUAUCAGAGAGUGUGCCGAAGCCCAGAACAAGGAUUUCGGAUUAAUCGCUACCGAGACCGGAUACAACAUCUUUGUCGGUGGUAACGGAGGGUCGAAACCCCGCCAUUCCGAGCUCCUGAUCAAAGACUGUCCCGUGGAACAGGUCAUCCCCAUUUUGGAUAGAUACUUGAUGUUCUACAUCCGCACUGCCGACAGACUUCAGCGGACAGCACGCUGGAUGGAGAACCUGCCCGGUGGGAUUGGAUACCUCAAGCAGGUCAUUCUCGAGGACAAGCUUGGUAUCUGCGCCGACCUUGAGAAGCAGAUGCAAGAGCUUGUUGCAUCAUACUUCUGUGAAUGGACCGAGGUAGUGAAUGAUGAAGACCGACGAAAGCAGUUCCAGCAAUUCGCCAAUACUGGUGAAUCCAGUGACCCUAUCGAGAUCAUCACAGAGCGCGAGCAGUCCCGCCCAGCCUACUGGCCCAAGGACUCCGUCAAAUACGACUUCAAGAACCACCGGUGGUCCAGCCUUGCUUGGCAGCCUAUCCUCGAGGCAUCACACUUCGCUGCUGCCGAUAAUUCGUCUACUCCUGUGACUGCUGCAGUCAAGCGUGGCGAUACUCAACUUGCCAUCUUCAAGGUCAAGGGUAAAUACUACGCUACUCAGCAGAUGUGUCCGCACAAGAGAGCCUUUGUCCUCUCUGACGGUAUCAUCGGAGAAAGCAUCGACGAUGGCACCGAGGAGGGCAAGAAGAAGAAGGAUAUGUGGGUCUCUUGCCCAUACCAUAAGAGGAACUUUACUCUUGAGGGACAGACCCCCGGUGGCUGCAGCAGUGAUUCGGAACUGAGCAUUGCCACUUUUGAGGUAGAGGAGAGAGACGAUGGAUGGGUUUACCUGAAGCUGCCGCCAGUGGCGGAAUUGGACUCGCUUUUGGGUACUGAGAGAUGGAAGGUGAAGAAGGAGGAGACUGGGGAUCCGUUUGCGGAGAUGGAUCGAAAAUCAUGUAACACUAAGGGGAGAAAAUCUGUGAAGCCUGCAUUAUUUACGAACGGUGUUAAGGCAGAAGUAAAGACAAAGAGCAUUGACUGGUAG